AAAACUUCAUUGCACACGUAACUACAUCCACCUGAACCUGUUUUUCUCUUUCAUUUUGCGUGCAAUAUCUGUUUUACUGAAGGAUGACAUUCUGUAUUCAGAACAUCAAAGUUCUGGUCAGUGUAAUGAAGCAGCACUGAUUGCCUGUAAAACGAUUUUGGUCUUCUUCCAGUAUUUCAUCACUGCAAACUUCUAUUGGCUGUUGGUGGAAGGUUUGUACCUGCACACCCUCCUUGUGGUCUUUUUCUCUGAAAAUAAAUACUUUGUCCUCUACAUGCUGAUUGGCUGGGGAAUCCCAACAAUCGUUGCAAUUGUCUGGACUAUUACGAGAAUUUAUUUAGAAGAUACUGG